GCAGUGUAGUUCUGGGUGGARUUCUUUUGAACACUCAAAGUGCAUUAACCAUCACCGCAGCUUCCGCAAGAAACCAACACAGAUUAAAUAUGAGCUUCACAGUCGAAGAGAGGGGGAACCCCAAUACAUUGAGCUAUCGUUUGUUUUUCAAAAAUGCUGAUGGAAAGUAUGUCUCCCCAUUCCAUGACAUACCCAUGUACGCUGAUGAGAGCCAGAACAUUUUCCACGUGUUGUUGAAUACAAGAUGGACCAACUCAAAGAUGGAGAUUGCGACCAAAGACCCCCUGAAUCCGAUCAAGCAGGAUGUGAAGAAGGGGAACCUGCGUUACGUCGCCAACGUUUUCCCCCACAAAGGCUACAUCUGGAACUAUGGAGCAAUACCUCAGACAUGGGAGGACCCCGGGCACAAAGAUGGAGACACUGGCUGCUGUGGUGACAACGACCCAAUUGAUGUCUGUGAAAUCGGUACCAAGGUGUGUUCGCGUGGUGAAGUGAUCAAGGUGAAGGUACUGGGGGUUUUGGCCAUGAUCGACGAGGGGGAGACUGACUGGAAAGUCAUGGCCAUCAACGUGGAGGACCCUGAAGCUAAGGACCUGAACGACAUCAGUGACAUCCAGAGGCUGAAGCCAGGUUACUUGGAGGCCACAGUGGACUGGUUCAGGAGGUACAAGGUACCAGACGGGAAACCAGAGAACAUGUUCGCCUUCAACGGAGCGUUCAAAGACAAGGUAUCCAUCUUGUACUCCAUACUGUUCGGUUCUAAUUUUGAGUAAAUAACUCACGGACAC